AGUUGCGUCACAUGCCCCGUAUAAAGGCUGGGCGAGCGCCGAGCUGGGCACCCGCGGCAGCUCCAGCAACAGCCAGCAACCCCGAGGCAGCCCCACGCCGGCACCGACAUGUCGAUCCUGAGAAUCUACGCCCGUGAGAUCCUCGACUCUCGGGGGAACCCGACGGUGGAGGUGGACGUGUACACCGGCAGGGGGAUGUUCCGGGCUGCUGUGCCCAGCGGGGCCUCCACCGGCAUCUACGAGGCCCUGGAACUCCGCGACGGGGACAAGGGCAGGUACCUGGGCAAAGGGGUGCUGAAAGCGGUCGACCACGUCAACAAGACCAUCGGCCCUGCCCUGAUUGAGAAGAAAAUCAGCGUGGUGGAGCAGGAGAAGAUCGAUAAGUUAAUGCUCGAGCUGGAUGGCACGGAGAACAAAUCCAAGUUCGGGGCCAACGCCAUCCUGGGUGUCUCCCUCGCGGUCUGCAAGGCCGGGGCGGCGGAGAAAGGGGUCCCCCUCUAUCGCCACGUGGCGGACCUGGCCGGGAACAAGGACCUGAUCCUGCCCGUCCCCGCCUUCAACGUGAUCAACGGAGGCUCACACGCCGGGAACAAGCUGGCCAUGCAGGAGUUCAUGAUCCUGCCGGUGGGGGCGGCCAGCUUCAAGGAGGCCAUGCGGAUCGGGGCCGAAGUGUACCACAACCUGAAGGCCGUCAUCAAGAGCAAGUACGGCAAGGACGCCACCAACGUGGGCGACGAGGGAGGCUUCGCCCCCAACAUCCUCGAGAACAACGAAGCCCUGGAGCUGCUGAAGAGCGCCAUCGAGAAGGCCGGCUACCCGGACAAAGUGGUCAUCGGCAUGGACGUGGCGGCCUCCGAGUUCUUCCGCAAAGGCAAAUACGACCUGGACUUCAAGUCCCCCGACGAUCCGAACCGCUACAUCACCGGCGAGAAGCUGGGGGAGCUUUACAAAAGCUUCAUCAAGAACUACCCGGUGGUAUCCAUCGAGGACCCGUUUGACCAGGAUGACUGGGAGACCUGGAAGACGUUCCUGACCCAGGUGCAGAUCCAAAUUGUGGGAGACGACCUGACAGUCACCAACCCCAAGCGCAUCCAGAAGGCCGUCGAGCAGAAGGCUUGCAACUGCCUCCUGCUGAAGGUCAACCAGAUAGGCUCCGUCACCGAGUCCAUCCAGGCCUGCAAGCUGGCACAGAGCAACGGCUGGGGCGUCAUGGUGAGCCACCGCUCCGGGGAGACGGAGGACACCUUCAUCGCCGACCUGGUCGUGGGGCUCUGCACCGGGCAGAUCAAGACUGGGGCGCCCUGCCGCUCCGAGCGACUGGCCAAGUACAAUCAGCUGAUGAGGAUCGAGGAAGAACUGGGGGACAAGGCGCAUUUUGCCGGACGCAAAUUCCGGCACCCUCUGGCCAAGUGAGCGCGGCCCCGGCCCGCAGGCCUGUCCCAGGAAGGCCCCCCCAGCCGCCUGCCGCCUGGGGCCUCCGGCACGGCCUGCGCACCAGCCCACCUCGGCACCCCAGGCCCGGCGCAUGCGCACGCGCCAUGCGCCCGCCCAGCUUCUGCCUGAGCCCGUCUGGGAGCACCAAAUAAAGACCACUGUGGCAAAGCGA